GAUCAGAAAAGUUUCCUGUUUCACUUUCGAUGAACUGUAUCGAUGACCUUUGUUUCAAUGGGGCAAACGAAUCCGAGCAACCCCAAUCUGGGAACGAGUCUGGUGGAAAUUUCUGUUAGCAGUGUUUGUCUGACUCUUCCCGAUCUGACGAUAACGCAGACAUUCACGAGUUACUAUGGCACGACUGGACGUGUUAAUUCUCGUGCUCUUCCUCACCGUUCGCUGCAAAGCAGAAGGUUUGUUUGAAGAUGGGCAAGAAUACCAGUACAGUUACCAGGCGUACACCAUAACGGGUGUUCGUGAGCCGACUUUGUUCAGCUCUUCGUUUGGCAUUCGUGGUAAUCUCAUCAUCCAAAAACAACCGGGAAUUGCUACUCUAAAAUUAUCAGAUCUGACCUUGGGUAUGCAUAAUGGACCCGAGACGCUGUUCAACACCAUCAAAUUUCUGAAGAAGCCCGAUCUCGCAUCCUUAGAGAAACCAUUUAAACUUACUUUCUUAAAUGGGAAGAUUACUGGAUUUUAUACCGAUUCUUGGGAUGCAGAAUGGUCGGUGAACUUCAAGAAGGCCUUGGCAACUAACCUGCAAAUGGAUUUCUAUAUCGGAGAUAUCGGUAAAGAAGAAACUGCAUACAUGCGUAUAGUGGAGGACACUAUUAGUGGUACUUGCAAUACAAGCUACUCUUUUAGCGAUGAUGGAAAGGGUCGCUUCCUGCUUUUCAAGCAACGCACACAGAGAGAAUGCACAAAUAUCCCGAGUAUAGGAUUCAAUACUGUUGAAACGACCAACUGCGCCGGAACUCCACAGGACGAUCUUUUGGCUACGACCCAGAGUUACUACAAGCUCAGUCGUGGAACGGCCAGUAAUACGGUUAAAGCCGAGUCAAUCUCGUCAUUGGGUUUCCAGGCUCUUCAGUUGUAUCCUCCAACAGGAACCCCGUUCUACAAUAGGGCUAACACUACCUUGCUGCUGAAAUCCUUGGGCCCUCUCACUAAGCCUAUUGCCGCUCCGGGUCUGACCAAGCACUACGCCAGUCUUCGCUACAUCUUCAGGAAUCCAAUGCCAACACCAGAUGGCAUUGAUUUGACCCGUGAAGAAGAUUAUUUCACUCCAGAGGAGCCCCAAUCACAACUCGUUCUUCGCAGCAAAGCCGUUCCAAUGCUCACCAAACUGAAAAGUGUCAUCGGGUGGUCACCUCUUAAUGAAGAAGCCUUGAUAGAUUCCUCCACUUCGGAUUGCAUUCAAUUAAUGUCGGCCUUGAGCUUGGAAAGCUUAGUAGCUGUCUGGAAGAGCAUCGAAAAAGACGAUGAUCUCAAGAACUUGUAUGUUGAAAUUCUUCCUUUGACUGGCACCAAUCCUGCAGCUUUAAUGAUCAAAGGAUUGAUCCUCGGGGGUAAAAUAUCCGAUAUCGAAGCUCAACGUACGGUAGCACUGAUUCCUUACUACCUGCGUAUGCCAUCUGAGAAGCUCCUAGUCAACUGGGAGGAUCUCCUCAAGAGUAGCUCGAGUAUCAAGACAAAGGAAUUGAGAGGUGCCAUUACUUUGGCUUUUGGUCAUCUCAUUGGUGUUACUUGCACCGGAAACACACAACGUCCUUGCAAGGCAGAUACCAUCAACAAAUAUGCUCGCAUACUUUACGACGCUUUUAAAUCGGCAAAGACCCAUCAGGAAAUGAUGGUUUCGCUGAUUGCACUUCGUAACAGCAAAUUGGUGCCGGCUAUCGAGCGUCUUGUUCCACAUACGAAAAGUGGUUCUGUUUCACGAGCUCUUCGUCCUCACGUGAUAUUUUCCAUCCAGUUAUUGGCCGUUUCUAAUCGUGAAAAAUUUUUGUCAGCCAUAAUGCCCAUCAUUCAUAAUACGACGGAAACUACAGAGAUUCGAGUUGCUGCCAUUUCCAUCUUGUUUCGCGCCAAGCCUAACUUAAUAGAAUUGCAAGAACUGGUUGGUAUAAUUGAAGAUGAAACCAACAAGGAAGUCCUAAAUUUCAUACUAACUACCUUUCGUAGUUACACUGGUUCCAAGAACAGUUGCUUGAAGCGCAGCUCUGCUGAUUUGGAAUUGUUGAUUCGUCGUGUCGACCAUUUGAAAACCGACUUCUUCCUUUCCAACAACCGUGCUUUCGAUUUUCACGAUGAAAAACAUGGUUUUGGUGGAGGUCUUCAACUUGUCACUGUAUACGGUGAAGAUUCCCGUGCUCCCCUUAUCAUUUCGGCGAAGGUGAAUUAUCGUCUAUCCGAACAUCGGUACGCCCCGUUGGAAGUCAUGAUUCGUUUGGAAGGUGUUGACGAAGCUUAUGUUCGCUUUUUCCGUAAAGUGGACCCCAAAGACUUCAAAUUGGAUGUUCUUAAAGAUCUGCUACAAAAGACAUUGAAGAUUGCACCUCGGCAAAAAGCUCCAUUCAAGAUGGAGAUCAUUUUACGUUCGCAGGGCUACGAUUUGUUGUACCACCAUAUGAGUGGUGACGAACUCACUAGUCUGAUGGAAGGCAAAGCGUUGAAAGACUUGAUUUCCCGCGGUUUCAAACUCACUCGCAGUAUGGUGAUGUUGGGUGGACAAAAAGUGACAUGGACAGCUAACGAUAUCGGUAUUCCCGUUGCUGUUGGUAUGAGCAAUCCUGGGUUCAGUCGUCAUCAGUUGUCCUACGGAGAUCAAAGUCAAUUGAACAGGAUAGGCCGAACUAUUCAGGCUGGUUUGGACAUUAAUUUGCAGAUGAUAACUUACAUGGUUGCUUACAACCCACUAAAUGGCACUCAGGGAAUUGUCAAGUCCAGAGGCUCUCGCAUUCAUUUGCCCAUGAACACUCUGUUCGUUUAUUCAAUCCCGGACGCCCAAAUCGAAAUCAAAAUGAAUACAGCUACCGAGGAAAAGCCUUUGUCAUUCCUUUUCACCAGCAAAACCAACGCCGUUUUGUCGGGCAAAGAUGACGCUAAAGCAGUGUCCUACCUAAAAGACACUUGCCCUCAGUGCGAAUCGAAUUCUUUGGUUACCCGGGGCAACAGUUUCCGUAAAGGUAUUGUUGUUCGUGAAAACAUCAACCCUCUGUUAGGUUUGGAAUCACAUCUCGAAGUUUAUGAUUGCGAGGCUUACACUGGCAAAGCUUCUGUGGCUAAAGUUUUCUACGGAUCUUUCAAACCUUCUGAAAUCAACUCACACGGCAGCUUACCUGGCUUCUUGAUCAUGGGUUUAAUGCAAAUGCGUAAUUAUUUUUACCUGUAUCCACCCAUUGGCUCCUGCUCCAUGAAGGCGGUGGUGCACAGGACUCGUGAAAAUCCUGCUGAAGCUAUUGAGAUCAAACUGAAAAUGGAUAACAGCCCACCUCCAUGGAAACGAGCUCCUCCCGGAGUGACAUAUAGCAACGUGAAAGGUUCCAUUACCUUAUUGGGUAACCCGCAACGCAAAUGGAACAUCGAACUAAACAUCGAAAAAGAACCUUUUAAUAUCAAGUCGUUAGUUGCUGUUAAGAUUUCCCGCCUGGCUAAUCCCACACUCGGUGUUCCUAGCCGUGCUCUGUGUGUAAACGUCAGGACAACCUGGGCCGUUCCUCCGCAAGACGUGUUUGAAACACCAUCGACUGUCCAACCGUCGGUUCAACGGGACGUCACUUUCGUUUGGGGUGAAGCUCCCGUUAAUGAAUGCCCUAAAGCUAACGCCAAAGGUAUCUCAACUAUAGCGAUGAAAAUAAUCGGGAACAUCACUGAUGCCCAACAAGAGGCAGCGAUCACCCGCAAUACCUAUCCGUAUGAUCGUUGCGAUCUGGAUCGCUACGAUGCUGGUCGUUCUGGUACUACCGGACCCAUGACCCAGGCUUGCUACGAUGCUGUUCUUGUUUACGCUACUCCUCGCAAUUACAAGUUGGACAUAAAAUACGAAAACAUGUCACCUCGCGGUCAGACGGCGCUAGAUCGAAUCAACACUUUGCUGAGGCCCGUUUUAUUGCCAUACUUAAUCACGCACAACUCGUUGUCUCCGGCCAAAACUGUUGCUGGUUCAGGACAAGUUGAAUUGAAGAUGGAUAUUGGAGAAAAUGAUGUGGAUCUCCUUGUACGCACAGAUCAGUCCCUCAGUCAAUACGAAAAUGUGGAUUUUCUUAAAAACGCCGGAAUGCUUUUACGCAAUGCCCGGUUCCAAAUGUGGCACCUGACUGCUAUGAAAGCCGGAUGGGUCGGUGUUUGCGACGUCGCUCCCCAGGAAGUUGUGACCUUUGAUAAAGUGAAAACUAAUUACGAUCUUCCUAGCUGCUACACGCUCAUCUCGGCCGACUGCUCUCCCACUCCUCGCUACGCCAUUUUCGCCAAGAAAAGCAACGUCUCGCUGCCAAUGGCCGUCAAAAUCUACGUCGGUGGUCACACACUCGAAUUUAACCCCGUAGUUAAAUCUCUAAUAGCAAACAGUGGUGUCGAAAUCAAAGCUGAUGAUAAGCUAGUCAAUGUCGUUGCUAAUAAGCCCUACGUCCUGAGCGACAAGGACAACAUUACGCAAUACGCCGUUGUCAACUUUAUCAGCGCCCGCUAUUUUAUUCAAAUUCCGAUUCUCAAGCUAACUUUGCGUUACACGGGGGAUGAUAUUACCACGAUGAUUCCGGCUACACAUCGCGCACAGCAUUGCGGACUUUGCGGUGAUUACAACGGCCUAACGUUGCAAGAAUUCGUUGGGCCUUCCGGUUGUAUCCUGGGGAACGCAACUGAUUUGGCGCGGUCCUAUGUCUUGCGAGAUAAAGUGUGCAAGGAGGUCAUCCAAGUACCAAAUUGUGUUGAUCCUGGCAGCGAAAAGAAAUCUUCUGGAUUUUUUGGAUUUUUUGAUCGACUAAUACGCCCUUGAAUAUCAGUUCAAUCUAAGAUGUUGACCUUUAUCUACCAAAGUUCAAUCUAUGUAAUCAAUCAUUCGGAUUAAUCAUUUAAGAUCAAUCUCCAUUAGGAUAGAAUGCUUGUAGGCAAAAUUCAAUACCUAAACAAACAAAAAUUGGACCGACAAAAGAUUUUAAAAAUGCAUAAUCGACUGUUCUCUUUUGUUUUAGUUUGUCUAGGAAUUCGAAUAAAACAUAACCUGCUAUAACAAAAAUUAAACGUUGAUUCCGAAUAAAUUGUUUUAAAGCCAAUUAAGCGGUUUUUGAAUAAAAUGGGAUCAAAGUUG